UGGGAAUGGGAAUUUGUGUUCGUAGUAUUUAUUUAUUUAUUUAUUUAUUUUUUACUAGUGGAAAUCUAAUUUUGCAUUAAAUAAAGUCAAUAUUACUAUUUGCUUAGAAGUAAACAGUCAAGUUUUGGUAAUAUGAUCCAGGACAGGAAAAGACAGACAUGAAUUGGAGAAUAGAGACUGCGGUGUCAUUAUGUCACUGGCAAUAAUGUUUUUGUUUAUCCACACCAAAACCGAAGCAUUUUGCAUAGAACUUGUACGAUAAACUAGGUGUUAAUUACGUGGAAAUGUAUGAGUGAUUUAAAAAGCAGUAGUGUUCUGGUAAACCGAAGCCACAUACAAUAAAAAAGACAAUUUGGAGAAGAGCACGAGUGACUGACUGUGGGCGGAGAUGAUCCACUUCUGCUAUUGCACAAUAAUACUGUGUCAGGUGACUUUCAGAGCAAUACAUACAGAGGAUUUCAUAUUUUAGACUACUAAGAAAGUUUGUUUUGUUAUAUCGAUGAAUAAUACACGUAAGCCUAAUCGACAGAACAUCGGAUUUAUCAAGAUAUAAAUUCUUCAUAAAAGGCUUACUGUAUAAGGGUAGUUUCACUUUCAGUAAAUCUAUUCGAUUCUACGUAAGAGUGGGAAUAAUGCAUGUGACCCUGUAAUGCCUUAAUUAGGGGGCCACAAACUCACCCUCAAUCAGCAAACUUUUAAAGUGAUGGCUGUAGGAUCCUGUAGCACAGAGAUUCAACAGCGUCGCGUGGAGUUGGUGGAGGACUACAGCAAACACCUGACACACCUUCUGGACGUGCUGUUUAAUGUGGGGGCAGUGACCGAGGAGGACCUCAGUUUUAUUAAAGGUUCUGCUGUUCGAGGAGAGAGAGAAUGUAUGAGAGUUCUGCUGGAUGUGCUAAAUGGGAGAGGAGAAGAAUCAUGCAGGGCUUUCUUCUACGUACUACCAAGUGUUCAAGAUAUGACCGCCAAACUAGGACAGGCCACCAGGCAAGAGCAUCUCAAAAAACACAAGGACAUCUUGGCUAGACAGCAUGGCCUGGUGGACUAUCUCAGCAUCAGAAGACAGACUUUAGGACAGGAUGAGAGUGGGUGCUGGACUGAAAUCACUUUUUCAAGACAAGCUGGUUAUGCAUCGUCUUCUCAAUGCCGACAUGAGUCAGCAGGAGUUGGGGAUGCCUCCAGGACACGAGUAGAUGAGAUCUGCAUUUUCAAGGACCUGUAUGAGAAUCUGCUGUGCAACCCAGCGAGUGGUGUGAACAUGCUGUCAGGAGUUGCUGGAAGUGGGAAAACCACGGUUGUGAGACGCCUGGUGCGAGAGUGGGCUGCAGAAACCAAUUCGUCCAAGACUGUCCUAUCUCUGUCCUUUCUUGAGUUGAACCUCAUAACUCAUGAGCAGAGCUUGCAGGACCUGCUCUCGGAUCACUACAUUCACCUGAAACCUUUCCUGCCCGAGUUACUGAACUCAAACCCAACACAGUUUUUACUCAUCUUAGAUGGUCUGGAUGAGUUCUGCUACCCUCUUAAUUUCGAACAUACUCCUAAGUGUUCAGAUCCUGAUCGGUUGCAGCCUAUACAAUCCAUUGUGGUCAACUUAAUCAAGGGAAAUCUGCUUCCAGGAAUGUCCAUUUUCCUUACUUCACGACCUCAUGCGGUCACCAAAGUCCCUCCAAUUCUGGUCAGCCAGUUUUACAGUCUGCUCGGUUUCUCUGUAGCUCAACAGAAGCAGUACUUUGAGCAGAACUGCAGUUCUCCUGAGGCUGCCAAGGCAGUGUGGGCUUCGGUGUCGUCCCAUAAACCCCUUCUACUCAUGUGCCACAUUCCUGCAUUCUGUUGGAUCAUGUCCACCACCUUGCAUGAUGGUGGCUCCUGCCUUUGUCCCGAUACUGCAGGUGCCAAUUCAGGAGAAAAAGGAGGCCUUGAGGAAGCCAACCAACCAAACUCUUUAUUAGGACCUUCUGAGGAGAACUCCAAACCAGUCACCAUCUCUGAAAUCUACUGCUGCUUUGUUAAAUCCAUCUUGCUAUUCCAUGUGCAAGGGCGUAGCGACGGCCCCUCACUUCAGCAUGCCCCUCACGUCCUUGGGGAAAUGCAGCCUAUUCUCAAAAGCCUGGGAGCUAUGGCCUUCAAAGGUCUCCUGGAGAGGCGGUUUAUCUUUGAAAGCUCUGAUUUGAACUCUUUUAAUCUGGAUAACACCAAACUCUCACAGGUGUUCCUCUCUGAGAUACUUAAAGAGGACCGAGCGUCCCUCACCUUUGAAAAGGGCUUUCAUUUUAUCCACACCAGCUUGCAGGAGUUUCUGGCAGCCCUGUACUAUGCUCUCCAGUUGCUCUCAGGAUCAGAUCCAUUUUCAGGCCUCAGGCCAAGCACAGGCCGCUAUAUCCAGAAUGCAUUUAAGCAAAUGGCAUCAGCCAUUAACAAAUUCAGCAGACCGCAUCGUCUCUUCUGCAGACGCAUUAAGAAAGCUCUUCGCUGUGGUGAACGACAUCAGUCUGGACACAUGGAUCUUUUCUGCAGGUUUGUAUGCGGCCUGCUGGUUCCCAGAACACGUCUCAUCCUAAAUGGAUUUUUCCCUGAUGGGCCCAAGAUGCAUCUGCUCCAUUGCCAGCCCUCUCCAGACCCGACUCCACCUUUCCUUCUCCAUCUGUUACACUCCCAACUCCAGAGCUCCACCCUCAGCCUGGAGAGGCAGGUCAAUAUUUACCACUGUCUAUAUGAGGCCCAGGACCCUGGUUUGUCACAGCGGCUACAGAGUUGGAUGAAAGUUCUUUCACAGCAGGCCUUAGAUCAGUCCGUUUCGGUAAACCGGGACUGGAGUGAGCUGGCUUUCCUGUUACAGCUCACUCCAGACCUGCAGGUUUUAAAUUUAGAUGCUCAAGGACUCGAUGCUGACGGACUACGCCGGCUCCUACCAGUCCUUCCACUUUUUUCAACGCUCAGCCUGGGCCAGAAUCCUCUUGGUUCAGACGGAGCGUCUGUGUUAUCUCUUGUCCUGAGAAACCCAGAUUGUCGAAUUCAGAGGCUGUGGGUGGUUGCGACAGGACUUGGCUGUGAAGGCCUGAAGAUCCUUGUAGAAGCGCUGAAAGAAAAUCGUACUGUGACUGAUCUCAGAAUGGCCAUAAAUAAAAUUGGAGAUGUUGGAGCUGGUUACCUUGCAGAAUUGUUGAAGACAAAUCGCACACUGACGGAUAUCAGACUUCGUGACAACCUAGUGACAGACAAAGGAGCAGAAGUCCUCAUGGCUGCCCUGAAAGAGAACACUACAUUAGAGUAUCUGUGGUUGUUUGACAACAAGUUAACCAAAGAUGGCGUCAAGAAACUGAAAGAAUUUGCAAAGACCAGACCAAACCUUGAUAUUAAAGCUUGUGUCUGACCCACAACCAACAAACUGGUGGUGUAACAACUGGUUCAUGACAAACUUUUCAUUCACACAUUUUAUAUAUACAUUGUUUUACAUAUUGGUAAAAUUGCUCUGAUAUAUUACUUUUAAUACAUAUUAUUAGACUGUUAAAUGAAUAGUUCAGCCAAAAAUAAAAAAUUGCAGAAAAUGUACUCAACCUCGGCCCAUCCAAGAUGAAGAUGAGCUUGUUUCUUCAUUUGAACAGAUUUAGAGAAAUUUAGCAUUACAUCAUUUGUUCACCAACAUAUCCUCUGCAGUGAAUGGGUCCCGUCCGAAUGUGAUGAAGGUGAUAAAAACAUCACAAUAAUCCACAAGUAAUCCAAACAACCCCAAUCCAUCGAUUAACGUCUUCUGAAGCAAAAAGCAGCAUGCUUGUAAGAAACAAAUCCACCAUUACGGUGUGUUUUCACUAUAAACAAAUAUUCCUUUAACUACUCAGGCAACCACUGCCCUCUGCUGGACGUUUAAGAAGCUGUUAUUUGUAUGCUAUAUUUGUACAUUAAUAAGCAACAAUAUUUUCAGUCCUAUUUUAGGAUUUAUAGACCGUUUUUUAACACUGAAUUGCAUUUAUUUAUUUUGUGUAAUAACGUUUUUAUUAUCAAAUCUUUUACAGCUUUUAACAACAAAAAAAACAGUCAGAUUUGACUUGAUCUUAUAAGUUUAUGAUAGACUUCUCAACACACAUCUGUUCUUUUUUUAGUACUUCUUUAUAAAUGAUUGUCUUCUUUAUCUUUUCUGCUAUAAUGUCUCAAACCAGUUCGAUGUUUAUUGCCCAUUUUUGUGGGUGCUUUUACAUGCAGAGCUCAGGGCUCUUAAGAUGCUUCAGAAACAGAAGUAAAGAUGUAAGUGUAAAAUACACAAAGCCAGUGUAUUAUUUGGUUAUUAAAUGCAUUUAUUUUAAAGAUACUAUGUGAAACCAUUACUAAAAUCACAGUAAUGUAUGUUAGAAGCACUUUUGAUCGUACAUAGGCCUACUGGUGAUCUCUAAAACCCAACUAGAUAGAUAGAUAGAUAGAUAGAUAGAUAGAUAGAUAGAUAGAUAGAUAGAUAGAUAGAUAGAUAGAUAGAUAGAUAGAUAGAU